CGAACGUGUCCGUGUAAGUCCGCCCAUCUCGUUGUUGUAUGUUUAUUGUUUGAGGGUUAGCAGGGCUACUGAAGACAGGCAGGAUGUUGCGGCUUCGCUGUAAGACCAAAAAUGGGAGCCACGUAAUGCAGGGCCUGACUCACCAGUCCUGUGUGCGGGAGCUGAAGAGCAAAGUGGAGGAGCUGACUGGGAUCCCUUGUGAUGUGCAGAAAAUAAUGAUCGGUUACCCUCCAUCCAGCCUUGAYCUUCGAAACGGAGAGGCUCACCUAAAAGACUACCCUAUCAAAUCAGGAGACACACUCAUCGUGGAGGAGGAACAAAGCAAGCCAAAACCUCAGGACCAUCCCGUUGUGAAAGCACCUCGCCUGGAAGCCUCGCCUGUGCUGGYGCGCCGUGUGGUCCCGGCCGACAACUCCUGCCUCUUUACCAGUAUUUAUUAUGUGGUGGAAGGAGGCCUGUAUGACCCCGCCUGUGCCUCUGARAUGCGUGGCCUGAUUGCCCAGAUAGUCUCAAGUGACCCUGCAGCUUACUCCGAGGUAGUGCUGGGAAAAACCAAUGAGGAGUACUGCUCCUGGAUAAGACGUGAYGACACCUGGGGAGGAGCCAUCGAGGUGUCCAUACUGUCCAAGUUUUACCAGUGUGAGAUCUGUGUGGUGGACACUCAGACAGUUCGAGUAGAUCGAUUUGGGGAGGACGCCGGUUACCACAAACGCGUGUUGCUCAUCUAYGACGGCAUCCACUACGACCCGCUGCAGAAAGAGACGCCCGGUUCCGACGCCCCRCCUCUGACUAUCUUUUCCACCACCGACGACGUCAUCUUGGCGCAGGCCCUCGAGUUGGCGGACGAGGCUCGCCGCAAGCGGCAGUUCACAGACGUUAACCGCUUCGCGCUGCGCUGCAUGGUGUGCCAGACAGGCCUGGUGGGACAGAAGGAAGCCCGUGAGCAUGCCAAGGUGACGGGCCACACCAAUUUUGGCGAAGUGUGAAAGUUGAAUCAAUUUCCCCCUUUCAUAAAUGCAACCACCUCCGGCCCCCGUGCUUCAUAUCUGGCAGUUCUGUUGGUCGAUUUGCUUACGUGAUACUCUACCUCACAUUACCCUGCGACAUAUUUGGAGAAUCUGCAGACACUGUGUUCAGUCUCUAAUCUGUUAAGUAUUAUUAUUUUUAAACUGCUGAAAGCUCUUAAAUUCAGAAACACUGUACACUACUCUGAUGUUACUGAUCCAUCACCUUAUUUUAGGGAUGGUUUCAGAUCUUUUCAGUGGGGUGAAGUUAAAUAUGCAAACAGUUCUUAGGAUUUGUUUUGAUCCAUAUAAUAAAUGUACCAAAUGUGGCCUGUAUGUAGGAUUAAAAAAACACCAAAUUGCCACUACCUAAACCAUGACUAGCCAAACUUUAGUGCGCUAAAUACCCACUAUAAGGCUUCACAGAGAGUUUAAAACAACCACUAAGAAUUAUUUGCAAUGAGAUGGGAUCCCAUUCACUCUUGUCUUAAUCACAGCAAGUACGACUGUUAUACAUGAUGGUGUAUUAGGGCCAUUCAGGAGGGGAAAAUGAGAUAGGUUUUUUUUUUUUUUUGAAUAGUUUGUUUUUGAGAAUGUGUUGACAUGAAAAAUUCACAGUAUUGGGGAGGAAAGGGAGUUGUGUUUUAAGACCCAGAGGAAAUAAAAUGUCCUGUAUUUAUUUACGCAUUAAUAGCCUAUUAUCAUUUAAAGGUUGUGGGUACAUUUUACUGGGUUGGCUACAAUAUAACAUGCACUGUYUUAGUUCAAACUGUCCAAGGUGUGGCGUUACUUAUUAGUUAUUGCUCUGGCAGUGGAACUCUCAGAACCUGAUUUAAUCUUUUACAAAUAAGAGAUGACACAUUGAACCAGUUCAGCUAUUCAUGCUGUUAUGUAGUAAACCUAUAACCACCACUCUAAUAACACAGUUUAAUUCCUCUGGAUAGUGUUGAAACACAACUAUUUUUUUCUCCAAUAUUGCAAUUUUUCAGUUAAUAUUUACUAAACACUUUUUUUUUCCUUCCGAGUAUGUCUAAUAGACUGUUGUAGUUACUAGUGUUGGUUUUAUUGCAUGAUCCCCCCUCCCAUCUUUUUUUUUUUUUUUUGGAGAGGUUACAAUUUCUUUUGCAAAUUUAUUUGGUUAGCUUCAAUUCUGUAAACGUUGAGCACAAGUAGCCCAAGUUAUCACUAAACCGGCGUUAUCUAAAUACAAAUAUGUAACGAGUGGUUAUUAAGAGUUAAUGUAUUCUGAAGUACAUUAUCAUACAGCAAAGUUUUUCCAAAAAUUAGCCUGGUUGUUUUUUCUUUUCUAUUUGAUGUGGCGACAUUUAUUAGUGAGCUUGUUGUUGUGUUAGAAUGUUUAAAAGGAACAACGGUGCUGUAAACACUUUUUUUCACAUUUCUUGGACGGUACAACAAAUUUCCAGGAGUGUCGUUUUGAUUACAACAUACAACUUUUAAAUAUUACCAUACUGUAAGAACUUUUCUUUCGGUAUUUUUAAAUUGCUGCAACAUUUUGGUAAAAAAAAAAAAAUAAAGCAUCAAGUGUAAUAAAAUGAUCAAGUGCAAAAAAUAUAUAAUCAAUUUGAAAAUUGUAGUUGAAACCUGAAACAAAUGUAAGGCACAUUGUGAAAGGUCAGUUAUCUUUUUAUACAUUUACUUUUCAGGUACAGUUUUUGUGCUCCUUAAAAUCAGCAUCAAAUCGCAUUUAGUUUUCUUUUUUAAUCUUUUAUAAAUAAUGGCACUGUUUUAACCCUUUAAGACUUGAUGCACCAUCUGACUUCACCUGUACCCAGGUUCGAAGGGCACUUAAGUUUCUUAAUUAAUUUGGUGCAUGUACUGAAAAAUGCCUCUGUUCUACUGUAUGUUUGCACAUUUGGAGCAUGUUCUCACAUUCUCAGCUAAAGUCAGGUGUUACCUCUUUGCACGCACCCAAUGUGAAACAUUGGGUCAGAAAAGGAACCAAUCUUSAACAUUGAGGUGCUUGUCGUUGCCAGUGUUGUAUAAAAAAAAAUUUAAUUUGAUGUGGACUUUGACAAUAUUGGUUUUGUGUUGUUGCCAAAGACAAUGCGUUUAACAGCGAAACACCUAUUUGAGACAAUUAUAUUGAUUGAUAAUGGUUAGUGUAUGGUCAAAUAUGCUUUGUUUUGAAUUGUUUCUCACUCACACUUUGAAGUAUAUUUAGCAGUGAUUAUGAAUUGACCUGUUUGCAUAGGGUAUUUCUGAAUUGACCAUGUUGUCAUGACUAACAGUAACAGUGAAUGUUGCACACGGAGCACUAUGGAAUAACUGGAUUUACUUGAUUCUUUUCAGUGUUGUCACGAUUAAAACUUAUAGCCAACAGUG